AUGGGGACCCCACGAGACGCCCCGCGCGGCUGGCGGCUGCGAGCCCGCAGGGCUGGGAGGGGCGGGGGGCGGGGCGCGGGAGGUCUGGCAGCGGCGGUGGCGUCGGUGGCGGCGGCAACUGCGGCGUCGCUGCUCGGGACGCGGCGCGAGGCCGGCCGGCCGGCAGGGGGAGGCGGGGGGCGAGGGGCAGCCCCGCCUUUCCCCCGAGGAGCCGCCAGGCAGCCAUAUUGCAGAGCUGUCUGCGGUGGCGGCGGCGCCUCUCGUCUCUCGCGGCCCAUCGCUCCCUCCACCGCCUCUCCCUCCCUGCCGCAGCCGCGACACCCGGCGCCGCCGCGCAGCGCCUCGGCCACACUCAGGGCGGGAAGGAGCAGCCUGCUCUCGAGUAGAGAAGAAAGGUUGAGAAGUGUUCCUGAAAUUCAUUUAUUUAGAAUCUGAAUCUAUCUGUUCUCUUUUUUGCCGUCCCUCUUCUCUACCAGUCUGGGUACAGGGGUGAACUUGACUCAGAAAGAGAA